GACUUGCCUUUGAUCUACCAUUCCACCAAUCUUGAGAAGUAUGGGACAAUUGCUGCCAUUGAAUCCAUUGAAUCAUUUGCGUCUGAGAUGUGCGCAAACCCCGACAAGUCUGCUAUUUGUAGAUUGAAAAAGGGCGCAGUGAAGAAGGUUCUGCUUGCAUUAGCAAACGAAACCUUGGGUGUCAUCUCUGCAGAACAAAGUGGUGCAGUAUCCAAAGCCAUCAUGAAUGGUGUUACGAGCUCUUUCGACAAGUUUGAUGAAAUGCUAUCCACUACUCCAAACCGUACCCGUGUCACCAAGCUUCUUGAACUGGUGGGAGCUACAAGCUCUUUGGGGUUUGAUCGGCUGCUGCAAUUGGCACUUGAGAAGACAGCUGACUCCAAGAGUGGUGGCAACAGCUCGCCUGCUAUUCUACUAGAUCGAGACAGUUUGUACCAAAGGUUGAAGCGUGAUGACACCUGCACUGACUCGGACUUGGAGAAGGUCUGUGAAGGUUUCUUGCAGCUGUUCGCACAAGGAAGCACAUUCAGUGGCUUGAAUCCAUCUGGCUUGGCCUUUGUUCACUACCAGUGCAAUGGCAACCGCGUGUUUGCCACUGUGAGCCUCAAGGAAGCAUAUUCAGCCACCAAAGUUGAGACCUACAAGGAUGUUGUAGAGGCCAUUUCCAAGAUUGACCCCUCGUCCGACUACAAGUUGCCCUCCUUGCGAACAGGGAACUUGCUGACAAUGGCGGCUGCGCAAGAGCUUUUGCAUUGCAUGGACCAGAAGAGACUUUGGACUCCUGUCAAAAAAGACAGUGUUGUCAAUGUCAAAUCGGAAAAGCCAUGCGAUGUGGCUCCAGCUACAGAUGCUUUGGUUCCUGUCCAGACGGAAUUGUUUGAUUCACAUGCUUUGCUGGCCAACCUAGCUCAUCUCGUGGGCAUUGUCAAGGACAAGGAUCUGGAUCAUCUUCGAGUGUUUGAAGGUCGUAUGGUGAUGGUUCUUGAGAUGUGCACACGUCACGAGAGAUUCAACGACUUCUUGGAUCAAAUGCAGGCCCACAAAGACCAGAAGGUGUUUCUUCGCAAAGAAUCACAUGCAGUACCUCUCUCGCAAGAAAAUUUGCCAUGCAUCCGACAAGCUUUGGUUGACUCCAAGGAAUGGCUUCAAAAUAGCAGCAGUGACAGCCGUGGCAGCGCAAGCAUGCUUGUCAACCUCCAUGCCACUGAUGCCCCUACGUCCUUGGAAGGCAUUGUACGGCAGUUGAUUGAAUUUGCACAACAUGCAACUGCCAAAGAAGUUGAUGACCAACUGGAUGGCAUUAUUGCAACAUAUGCAGAUGACCAAGAAGUCAUGGACCUCCUUUUCCACCAAGCCCAGCAACAUCCUCUAAUGCAUCAACAUGAGAUCAAUAUGCGUCCUUUGUUUGGUGAUGACUCCUGGACCUUUUUGGCUGAAGGAGGAGAUCCUGGACAAGAGCUCAGAGACUUCAUCGAAUGGCUUGUCGCCAACGGUCUCCAACCAGAACAAGCGGCUACAAAUGGCAGGUCACCACCAGCAGAACAGUUUGUGGCAGCACCUGACAGCCACAUGCAGCUAGCAGAG